AUGCAGCCGAGCUCAGUGAUCACGGUAUCUCCAAGCUUCACCAGCCAUUCUGCUAACAACCUUGCGGAUAUUGCCGCUAGGGUUGUUGAAGAAUUUCGCAACGAAAAUGGUGGUGAUGAAGAUGAUGAUAUCUAUAACUUUACUGCGGAUGAUGGUAAUGAAUUUUAUAUUCCUGUGAAUGGAGAUUUGGAUGGUACUCGUACUGAAAAAAUGAAGGAAAAUGAGGAGGAAUCAGACGAAGACGAAGAGGAAGAGUUUGAGUUUGCUGUUGUUUGUAAACAGUUUGAUUCAUCUUCUGUCUCGGCUGAUGAGAUCUUCUCCAACGGUGAGAUCAUACCACGAUAUCCGCUGUUUGAUAGGAGUUUAUUGUUAGACGAUGUACCUGAUUUUAAUCAGGUUGCUGAAAAAUCGGAGACUAAUUCCCCUUCCAAGCCAUCUCCGGUGGUACGGCUUCCUCUGAGGAAGCUUUUCAGCGAGGAGCGUGAUUCCCCUUCGUGUUCAUCGUCCGAGGCGGAUGAUCUCGACGGAAUUACUCCGGGGACAUACUGCAUCUGGAAGCCCAAGGUAGAGUCUCCUGGAAGGUGUAAGAAGAGCAAUUCGACUGGUAAUACAUCGAAACGGUGGAAGCUUCGAAACCUUCUCCACCGGAGCAACAGCGAUCGGAAUUUCUCCACCAGUAAAGAUGCUUCUAUGGUCGUUUUCAGUCCUUUAACAACAACAACGAAGAAGAAAACUGAAAAGGUAAAGAAGGUCGAGAAUACGGCAAAAGUAGCUGUUGCCGAGGACGACGGUGAACCGGCACCGGUAACAUAUGAAAACAAUUCUGCAAUCAAAACCAGCAAAUCAGAUUUAGUGAAAAGUCGUUGCCGGAAACAUCGCCGGCGGCGGAGCAGAUUGCUGGUGUUUUGUGCUGGGACCAGAUAUGGCUUUAUUGAAAAGUUAAAGGGGGUAAAGUGA